AUGAGCGGCGCCAGAUCCGCCUGGCAGCAGCAGCAGCAGCAGCCUGACCAAACCCCGCGCUGCAAGCCUGGCGGAGCGCAAACCGCGAUCGCCGCCUGCCUCCGGGAUCACGAGGUGUGUCCUUUUGACCCACAGGAAGAUCCAUGUGGGAAGUGGAUCCAGUCAAGCUUUGGAGGACUAAAACCUCAUAAAUGUGAGGAAUGUGACUUAUGCUUUGGUAAAAAGUCACAACUUCUUAGACAUCAGAAAAUCCACACUGGAGAGAAACCUUAUCAGUGUGUGGAAUGUGGGAAAUUUUUCCGUGAAAAAGCCCAACUGGGAAACCACGAGAGAAUUCACACAGGGGAGAAACCUUACAAGUGUUGGGAAUGUGGGAGGAGCUUUUCUCGGAGUUCAUGUCUUUGGGUCCAUAAGAAGGUUCAUGCAGGAAUAAAAUCUUACAAAUGCUUUGAGUGUGGGAAAUGUUUCGUCCAGAGUUCAGGUCUUCGGACUCAUGAGAAAACACACAGAGAGAAGAAGGAAAAGUGCCUCGAAUGCGGGAAAUGUUUUUUCAGAAAAGGAAAUCUCGUACUACAUCAGAGAAUUCACACUGGAGAAAAACCCUAUGAAUGCCCAGAAUGUGAGAGACGAUUUACGAAUUCUUCUGAACUUCGGACACACCAGAGGAGGCACAAAGGGGAGAAACCCUACCAAUGUGGGGAGUGUGGGAGAAAUUUUUUUACGCGAGAUGGGUGUCAGAGUCAUGAGAGAAUCCACACGGGGGAAAAACCACACAAAUGUGGGGAGUGUGGGAAAUCCUUUACCCGAAAACAAAACCUUUUACUGCAUCAGAGGGUCCACACAAGAGAGAAGCCGUACAGAUGCGUAGAAUGUGGAAAAUGUUUUACUCAAAAGGGAAGCCUUUGGACGCAUCAUAAAACCCACACAGGGGAGAAGCCAUAUCAAUGCAUUGAAUGUGGAAAAUUUUAUUCUACCACAUCAGCCCUUAGAACUCAUGUGAAAAUUCACACGGGGGAAAAAAACUACAAAUGUUUCGACUGUGGGAGAACAUUUGCUCGGUCAUGUCACCUUAGCUGUCACAGCCGAAUCCAUACAGGAGAGAAGCCCCAUAAAUGCUCGGAGUGCGAUGAAUGUUUUUCUCAGAAAAGUACUCUUUUGAACCACCAGCGAAUCCACGCUGGAGAAAAACCACACAAAUGUCUGGAGUGUGGGAAACACUUUGCCCUUCUUUCAUCACUUCGCAGGCACGCCCGAAAUCACUGA